GAGGCAUUUACUACCAACAAUCAAGAAAAACUAAUAAGUUUUUGCGUCAACGGUUACCGAAGGAAACAUUAUUUCCAAUCUAAUUGUGACACUAAGGUUCGAGUAAAUAAAUUUCUACUGCCAUGGAGAAAGCAAAGGGGGAGACAAUAAAUAUGCAACUUAUCGACCCUCAAAGUCCAUACAAAGUUAACAACGAGUUAGCAAGUAGUGGUCUAAGUACACCGGAUGCUCCUAUGUCACCGACGACACAUUCCGAGGAAUCCUAUGACCCUCAUAAACAUCGCAAUGUACCUAAUCCAACCUCAAAUGCCGAAACAUUGAUACACUUGUUAAAGGGCAGUUUGGGUACCGGUAUUCUUGCGAUGCCAAAUGCAUUUUGUAAUAGUGGCCUUGUGACCGGUGUAAUAGCAACCGUCAUUAUCGGAGCUUUAUGUACAUACUGCUUACACGUACUUGUCAGGGCGCAAUACAAAUUAUGUAAACGGUUAAGAGUUCCUAUACUCAGUUAUCCAAUGAGUAUGAAGUGUGCUCUCGAGCAAGGUCCUCGAUGUGUUAAAUGGUUCUCGCCGUAUGCACCAGGACUAGUAGAUGGGUUUAUGAUAGCAUAUCAAUUGGGAAUUUGCUGUGUUUACAUAGUAUUUGUAGCCAAAAAUAUAAAGCAGGUGGCAGACCAGUACUGGGAACCAUUGGAUAUACAAAUUCAUAUGUUCAUUUUGUUGCUUCCGCUGAUAUUGAUAAACUACAUUAGAAAUCUGAAAUUAUUGGCACCAUUUUCUACGUUAGCUAAUAUUAUAACUUUCAUCGGACUGGGAAUGAUAAUAGUUUACAUGUUCGAAGAUGUGCCAUCGAUUAGCGAUAGACAAAUGUUUGGUACUGUGAGAAAUUUUGCUCUAUAUUUUGGAACGACGUUAUUCGCUUUGGAAGCAGUAGGUGUGAUAAUCGCAUUGGAAAAUAAUAUGAAAACACCGCAAUAUUUUGGAGGAUAUUGUGGUGUUCUUAACAUUGGUAUGACUGUGAUCGUUACUCUUUACAUUCUUAUGGGUUUCUUUGGUUAUUUAAAAUAUGGAUCUAGUGCUGGUGGAAGUGUUACCUUUAAUUUACCUGAAGAUCAAGUAAUGGCACAAUCUAUCAAGAUCAUGUUCGCAAUAGCAAUUUUUAUAACGUACGCGUUACAAGGAUACGUACCUGUGGAUAUUAUCUGGAACACUUAUCUUAAUCAACGUAUACAAAAUCGCAAAAUAUUAUGGGAAUAUGUUUGCAGAACUCUCGUUACAUUAGCUACGUUUACGUUGGCGAUCACAGUACCAAGAUUGGGCCUUUUCAUAUCUUUAUUCGGAGCAUUGUGUUUAUCCGCCCUUGGAAUAGCAUUUCCAGCCAUAAUUGAAAUAUGUGCUCUCUGGCCAAACGAAUUAGGCCCAUACAAAAUAUUUUUAAUAAAGGAUCUCGCUUUGAUAUUGUUCGGUUUGAUAGGUCUAGUAGUUGGAACUUAUGUCAGUAUAGUUGACAUUAUACUUUCGUUCAGUCCUGAUGCCGGACCACAAAAUGAUUAAAAUUAGUCCUUUGAAAUUUGCUGAGGAAAAAAAACGUAUAUAUAUAUACA